AUGGUUGGAUGGGUGAAGCGGGCGCGUCCGAGCCGCGGCUGUAAUGAUGAGGCCGCGAACUAUGUGGCCAUGCCGCCAUGGUCAAUCUCGAACCAGUGCCUGUCUCGAACAGAGCAACUGGCAGGCUUGGUGCGGGACGAGUUCUUCCAUGGGUUGAACGCAGGAGAGGAUGCACAACAUGAGAGGCUGAGGAGGCACGGCAAGGCACAGGUGGCGGAGAGACAGGAGGAGGACUGCAGGACUGCAGGCGAGGAGGAGGAAGAAGACCGACGGAGGCCGCGCUUCCGUUCGCUAUUGCUCCACAAGCCUCUCCUCCUCCCAGUCUCUGGGCACUUUGGGCAAGACCCCUCGGACGGUGGACGCUUGCUCGAAACCGCCAAACUGCCCUCGCCCGUUGACCCUGUCUUCGUCUCCCCUUCCAUUGCCCACGUCUGCGCAUCACUCUUGAAGGCCUCCACUCCCCUCUCACUCCUCUCAGAGAUUCUCCCUCACUCAAGGGUCACACGCUUCAACGCUUACCUUCUGCGUCUUGACCACGCCACACACAUUCCUCCUUCGAGCUUCACGAAGCACUUCCAUGGCCUCAAGACCCACGGCGGCCGAUCAAACGCGGAUAUUCUCCCACAACCAGAAAACCGUCACCGCCUAACUUCAAGUGCUUGCUCGACAACAGUACUGACUACUCCGUACUUUACCCCCAUUCCCCGGGUCUGUCAAUUCCCACUACGGUCGACCAGCCGACUUGGCUUUUGCUCGCUGUCGUCACGUCGCCACGAAUCUUCACCAAGUCUUGAUCCACCCUCAAACGCCCGGUCGCUCGACCAUGCCAGCUUGACAAUCGCGCGGUCCGAACUCUUGCGUCGCACAUUCAGCCCUUUCCUCCUACCCUGGGACCCACAUUCCGUUCUCCCUCUCGUUCAACAACCGAAUCUUCUUCCUCUACUCCUUCGGCUUCGUCCCGUCUCAAGUAUCGAUCUUUCUCUCCUGGUCAUCACCAAGAGAAACACUGUCGAUUACUUCGCGGGCGAGUAA